UUGAUACAGAAAGAAGACACAUUUUCUUCAAAGUGAAGGAUCCAAAGUCAGAGAUGACACACCCAAAAUUAAAACAAUAAAACAUACUCUGCCUCUUAUACAGAAGCCGGAAGAGAAAAGAACAAUCGAGAGAAAGAGAAGAAACUGUUGAAAAUAAAAAAUAUGGGGAGUCUCAGAGGUAGAGGGAGACACGAACUAGAUGAGAUUGAACAGCUUUCGAGAGAGAGCAGUCAUUUUAGUCUUUCAACUGGAAUUUUACCUUCACUUGGAGCUCGAAGUAACCGCCGAGUUAAGCUGAAGAGAUUCAUAUUAUCUCCUUAUGAUCACAAAUACAGGAUAUGGGAGGCUUUCCUAGUGGUUCUAGUGGUUUACACGGCUUGGGUUUCUCCUUUUGAGUUUGGGUUCUUGAGGAAGCCAAGGCCACCACUAUCUAUCACUGAUAACAUUGUGAAUGGAUUCUUUGCUAUCGAUAUCAUCAUGACAUUCUUUGUUGGUUACCUCGAUAAAUCCACCUACCUACUUGUUGAUGAUCGUAAAAUGAUUGCAUUUAAAUACUUACGUUCUUGGUUCCUCCUUGAUCUCGUCUCAACCAUCCCCUCGGAGGUGGCUAUGAGAAUCUCAUCCCAGUCUUAUGGAUUAUUUAACAUGCUUCGUCUUUGGCGUCUCCGCAGAGUUGGUGCCUUGUUUGCCAGGCUCGAAAAAGAUCGUAACUUCAACUAUUUUUGGGUCCGAUGCGCAAAACUCAUUUGUGUUACCAUUUUUGCAGUUCACUGUGCUGCGUGUUUCUAUUACCUUAUCGCAGCACGCAACCAUGACCUUGCAGACACUUGGAUUGGAGCAUCAAACAAAAACUUCCUAAAAGAAACCAUAUGGAUGCGAUAUGUGACUUCUAUGUAUUGGUCCAUUACUACUCUAACUACUGUUGGUUAUGGUGAUUUGCAUCCAGUGAACAGAAAGGAGAUGAUAUUUGUCAUCUUCUAUAUGCUCUUCAACCUUGGAUUAACAGCAUAUUUGAUUGGUAACAUGACUAAUUUGGUAGUCCAUGGAACAAGCCGGACAAGAAAUUUUAGAGAUACAAUACAAGCUGCUUCAAAUUUCGCUCAUAGAAACCAUUUACCAUCUCGUUUACAAGAUCAAAUGCUUGCGCAUUUAUGUUUGAAGUAUCGAACUGACUCUGAGGGGCUACAACAACAAGAAACUCUUGAUGCUCUCCCAAAAGCCAUUAGAUCAAGUAUAUCGCACUUUCUUUUCUAUUCCCUCAUGGAUAAAGUUUACCUAUUCCGCGGAGUAUCUAAUGACCUGCUUUUCCAACUGGUCUCAGAAAUGAAAGCAGAGUACUUUCCCCCAAAAGAAGAUGUGAUCUUGCAGAACGAAGCACCAACAGACUUUUACAUCCUUGUGAAUGGUACCGCGGACUUGGUGGUUCUUAACGGUGGAAUAGAAACUGUUGUAAAAGGAGUAAAAUCUGGAGACAUUAUAGGGGAGAUAGGUGUGUUAUGCUACAGACCACAGUUGUUUACAGUGAGGACAAAACGGCUGUGCCAACUAUUGCGUAUGAAUCGCACAACUUUUUUGAAUAUUAUUCAAGCCAAUGUUGGAGAUGGUACCAUAAUAAUGAAUAAUCUACUACAGCAUUUGAAAGAAAUGAGUGAUCCAUUGAUGGCGAUUGUUCUAGAAGAGACAGAAAACAUGCUUGCACGGGGUAAAUUAGAUCUUCCUCUCAAUUUAUGCUUUGCUGCAAUAAGAGAAGACCAUUUGCUUUUGCAUCAGUUACUAAAGAGAGGACUAGAUCCAAAUGAAUCAGAUAACAAUGGUAGAACACCUCUGCAUAUAUCAUCGUCAAAAGGAAGUCUCAAUUGUGUGCUUCUUCUAUUGGAAUUCCAUGCAGACCCCAAUUGUAGAGAUGUGGAAGGGAGUGUACCACUGUGGGAAGCAAUGGUUGAAGGGCAUGAGAAAGUUGUAAAGGUAUUGUUAGAAUAUGGUGCUACUAUAGAUGCAGGGGAUGUGGGUCAUUUUGCAUGCACGGCGGCUGAGCAAAGCAACUUGAAGUUACUAAAAGAAAUAGUUAGACAUGAUGGAGACGUUACCUGUCCCAGAGCCACGGGAACCUCCGCACUCCAUGCUGCUGUAUGCGAAGGAAACACUGAGAUGGUAAAGUAUCUUUUGGAACACGGUGCAGAUGUUAACAAGCAGGAUAUGCAUGGUUGGACGGCUAGGGAUCUUGCUGAGCAACAAGGACAUGAGGAUAUUAAAGCUCUAUUCCGAGAAACAAGACAUGAGAAGGCACAUAUCGCGUCAAGUACCUCGGUUCCUAUACUCAAAACUGGAAUCCGAUUCCUAGGAAGAUUCACAAGUGAACCUAAUAUUCGUCCCCCAUCAAGAGAUGUAUCUUUUAGGAUCACGGAAACAAGGCCAAGACGGAAAACUAACAACUUUGACAAUUCAUUGUUUGGGAUAUUAGCAAAUCAAAGUGUGCACAAAAACGGUCUACCUACAGUAGAUGAAAGCAGAGCCGAAAACCCGGUGAGAGUGAUGAUUAGUUGCGCAGGUAAAGAUGAGGUCGCAGGGAAGCUGGUGCUACUUCCACCGAGCUACAAGGAGUUGCUAGAAUUGGGUUCCAACAAGUUUGGUAUUGUUGCUGCCAAAGUUAUGAGCAAAGAAAACAAUGCAGAGAUUGAUGAUGUAGAUGUUAUUAGAGAUGCAGAUCAUCUCAUCUUUACUGAUUCUAAUCACCCAUAGAAAAUUUCCUAUUUCUAUAUGUUUUGUAAUGAAAAGAUUAUUAAUUUUUUUUUAAUUAUUUUGCUUUCCGACGACAAUAAAAAAACUGGAUUAAUCUUUAUAGAUUAUCUUUUCUUUUUAAUUGUUUGUUAUUUAAAAUAGUGU